AUGACGACCCGUGAUUCCACCUCCUCGGACAGUGAUGUCCAUCACCACCACCACCAUCACCACUCCAGAUCAAUCCCUGGUGAGAUUCCGAUACCCCACGGCCCCCCUGGCGACCAUGACAGCGACGACUACUUCGUUGCCGGUGUAACCCCCGAUGAACGCCGAAUCUUCAGCCAUGUCACUCGCCCUGACGAUUCCUACACCCCUGACGGCAUCUACUGGGCCGAUCUGCCAUGGGCCAAGCGUGUCGGCUUCGUCUCCAAGGUCGACCGCGAGGCCGCCGCUGAGGAGAUCAGGACCAUCGGCUCCAUGGUGAAGAAGGAUCCCCUCUCGCCCCUCUCCUGGUAUUUUCGCCAUGCCGUCAUUCCCGGCGCCGGCCUUGGUCUCGAGGGCUAUGUCCUCUUCUCCAUCGGCAACCUCGAACCGCUCUUCAAGCAGGUCUGGCCCGAGUGCUGGGACACGAACGAGGUCUGCAGCCAGAACUGGAUCGCCAGCGUGACCUAUCUCGAGAUCAUCGGCAUCAUGGUUGGCCAGCUGUUCGUUGGCGUCAUCGGCGACUGGGUCGGCCGUCGCUGGGGUCUCAUCCAAGACGCCGUCAUCAUGUUGAUUGGCCUCCUGAUGCUUACCGCCAGCUGGGGUCUAACCAUGGAAGGUUGGGUCAUCUGCUACGCGUGGUCCCUCUUCUUUUACAGUCUCGGCGUCGGUGGCGAGUACCCCAUCACCGCCACGUCAUCCCUCGAGAGCGCCGUCACCGCCGGCAGGCUGUCCACCAAGGAGGACCGCCUGCACCGUGGCCGCCGCGUCACCACCGCCUUCCUCAUGCAAGGCUGGGGCCAGUUUGUGAACCAGGUUCUUCUCAUCGUUCUCCUCGUCAUCUUCAACGGCGGCAGCGGCUCGCCCCCCUACAGCAGCUCGGCGGCGCAGUACGCCUUUCGCCUCUCCUUUGCCUUCCCCGCCAUCGGCACCGCAUGGCUUGCCUACUACAGAACCUGGAGGAUGCCCCAGGCCUCGAAGCAGCUUUCCGAGGCGAAGAGCAAAUCCAACGUGACCGGCUACGACCUUACCGCCCUCCGCUACUGCUUCACCCACUUUGGCGGUCGUCUCAUCGCCACGGCCGGCACCUGGUUCUGCAACGACGUCUUCUUCUACGGCAACAAGCUCUUCCAGGGCCAGUUCAUCAAGGUCAUCUCGAGCAACCCUCACUCUCUCAUGACCACCUGGACCUGGAACCUUGUCAACAUCACCGUUUCCCUCGCCGGGUACUAUCUCGCCUCGCUCCUCAUCGACAACAAGCUGUACGGCCGCAAGAUGAUGCAGCAGGUUGGCUUCUUCAUGUGCUUCCUGAUGUUUGUCAUCCCGGCCUUCAACUAUGAAUACUAUACGAGCCCCGCCGGAAUCCAUGCCUUCCAGGCCAUGUACUUCAUCUCCUCCUUCUUCAACCAGUUCGGACCCAACUCGGUCACCUUCCUCAUCGCCGGUGAAGUUUUCCCCACGCCCAUCCGCGCCACCGCUCAUGGCUUCUCUGCCUGCCUGGGCAAGGCCGGCGCCCUGCUCGCCUCUGUGCUCUACAACUACAUCGACAACCAGACCAAGUUUUACGUUGUCCCCUGGUUCGGCCUCGCCGGCAUGCUCCUCACCUGGCUCUUCCUCCCCGACACCACCGGCCUCGACCUCAAGGAGCAGGAGCGUCGCUGGAAUUACAUUCGUCAGGGCAAAACCGACGAGUAUCACGGCGUUGCUGUCAACCCUGCCCACCUGAGCGUGUGGGAACGUAUGUGCGGCAUUGGCAAGACGUACGACCCGGAGCUGGACUGGAAAGCCAAGAUUGAGGACAUGCGUGCCGAGUGGGAAAAUGUGCAGGCUGCGCGCGGCCCGAAGGAGACGGAGGGUGAGGACCACGGCAUGCCCGACGAUGGUGAGUUUUCGCAGGAUAUUCACAACUACUUCAAGCGGUCAAGCCCUCAGAAAAUGCGCUCCGACGGCGUGUUGAGUGAGAAGAUUGCCGUGGACGAGAUCGUGAGUUCCAAGUAA